AUGUUACUAACAAAAAUUGUUUUUUUAGAAGUGAAACAAGAACUGGAAGAUCUUAUGGUGGAUAUAAAAAAAACUGCUAAUAGAGUCCGUGCCAAACUCAAAGAAAUUGAACAGAAUAUAGAAGCAGAAGAGCAAUCGAACAAAUCGUCAGCAGAUUUAAGAAUACGCAAAACACAACAUUCAACAUUGUCACGUAAAUUUGUUGAAGUGAUGACAGAAUAUAAUCGUACACAGACAGAUUAUAGAGAACGUUGUAAAGGGCGAAUUCAAAGGCAAUUAGAAAUAACGGGAAGAACAACUACUAAUGAUGAACUUGAAGAAAUGUUAGAACAAGGGAACCCGGCUGUGUUCACGCAAGGCAUAAUUAUGGAAACACAACAAGCUAGGCAAACAUUGGCUGACAUUGAAGCCAGGCAUGCUGAUAUUAUUAAACUGGAAAACUCUAUCAGAGAACUUCAUGAUAUGUUCAUGGAUAUGGCAAUGUUGGUAGAAAAUCAGGGUGAACUUAUUGAUAGAAUAGAAUACCAUGUAUCAUUCACUGUUGAAAAAGUUGCUGAAGGCAAAAAAGAACUGGAUGUUGCUGAAGACUAUCAUAAAGGAGCCCAAAAAAAGAAAAUCAUGAUCCUGAUAUGCUUGACAAUACUCAUUGUUAUUCUUGGAGGAUUUGUGAUGAGUUUUCUUCCCAAGCUUCCUUAA